CCUCCUCCCGCAAGCUUGUCUCGUCACCAAAAUAGAUCAAGCGACCUUAGGUUGUGGCUGCCCAGCUCACAGGACACGUUGGUUAGGUUGUCAACGGGCACUGGAACUGCAGGUUUGCACAGUAUACAGAGUCAUAUAGGCCCUACAGUCAAAAAGAGACACAACAGUGUGAUUUUACUGCUAGCUAAUUCAGCUAGUAAGUGUGAAGCAACGAGUCGGGUUUCAUCAACCUCGAGAAGAACUUUGAUUGGACGGACGAAAACUUCAGAAACUAUUCAUUCUAAGAAGGAAUGGCUCUAGACUUUGUUGCAGGCUGUAUUGGGGGUGCUGCUGGUGUGUUGGUGGGACAUCCAUUUGAUACUGUAAAGGUGGGUUUUCAUGUUUCAUUUGAGCAUUUUAAUGUUUCAAUGCACAGUGAUGUAUUUUGUUGAGAGACUGAUUUUGGUCCCUUUGGUGUAUACAAGAGCAAAAAUGCAACUGAUAUAAUUAUGCACAUGUUUAUCAAACAUUGGCACUAUGUUUUACCUAUCAAUAGUUGUUUUUUUCAUGAGACUUAUUUUAGUCAGUGACAAAAAAACAAAAAACUGCACAGUGAUCUCUGCUGCCAUCUCAAAUGGAUCUGGGCAGAUCAUGGCCAGAUCAGACCCAUUUAAGAGCCAGCAGCAACUCUGUGGGUGGUAGUUUCCUGGAAAACUAGCUAAGGGCCCCCUUCACUGGGUGGUUUAGCACUUCUCCUCUGUGGUUACAUUGAACCUAUGGCUGGUAUUUGCCGUUACAGUCGGUGGUAUGUUAGACCAUUUCAGAGAGAGCCUGUGAGCAGUGCAUGCAAAGACCUGCUUGCUGUUAUGUAUUUUUUCUUUGGUAUGUUGAUGACAUCAGAGCUGCAGAAUGCAAGAACAAGGAGCUCUACCAUGUACAGUGAUGCUAAACUUUUUACUCUCAUCCUCUGCUACAACUUGCUCACACUCUUUGCCUGCCUGCCUUUAUUUACUUGGUUCCAGCUUGUUGGCUAGCUGUUGCAAAUCGCCAUUGAGAGCUUGCAUGACAGUGGAAGUUGUUAGCACUCACACAGCUUCUCUUGCAAGGCUCUGGGCAGGUUGUGCACCUGACUACUUGACCUGAUUAUAAUCCAACUUUUAUUGUGCUGCAGUCUUUCUGACACCUCUUUGUUUUUGCAUGCUGCAGCAUUAAACCACCAAUGCACCCAGUCCAAAAUAUCAUAAUAGGUUGAGGGGAAAUCAAUGGGUUUUCAGACCAAUGUUACUGAAGCACUCAGCUCCAAGUCAGUGGAGAAGUAUAGAAGGCUCCCAUGAUUGCGUUCUGAAAGCUCUAAUAGUGUUGUGCAUUUUAAUGAACAUAUUUUAGGAGUCUGUAUUUUUGAAUAUGUUCUGUUGACUCUAGGAUCCCCCUGUAUACAAGAUGCCACAUCCAAAUACCUGCCAUGGAAGGUCUGCAUGUGGAGAAGCAUUACAGGGCCGAGGCCCUAAGGGCCAAAGCUCCGUGAUCUCCUGAUCUCCAGCAUUUGCAUCGAUGCUCUGACCCCUGUUAAGGGGGAAGUAUUUAACAGCACAAGUGUCGUUUGUUGUAGAUGAGGGUGAGAGAUAUACAAGCUCUGCACGGAUGUGUGACCUAGUCAGGUUGCAGGUUCAAAGUGUGGACAAGCCUCUGUACCGUGGAACAUACCACUGCUUCCAGUCCAUUGUGCGUCAAGAGACGGUCUUUGGCCUGUACAAAGGGAUCGGCUCACCAAUGAUGGGGCUGGCCUUUAUCAACGCCAUUGUGUUUGGUGUCCAGGGCAACGCCAUGCGCCGGCUGGGCCACGACACACCCCUCAACCAGUUCCUGGCAGGUGCAGCGGCAGGGGCCAUCCAGUGCGUGAUCUGUUGCCCCAUGGAACUGGCAAAGACACGCAUGCAGACACAGGGCACGGGCGAGAAUAAGAAAUCGGCACGGAAACUCUACAAGAACUCCCUGGACUGCCUGGUACGCAUCUACCGGAAGGAAGGCUUUCGCGGGAUCAACCGGGGUAUGCUGACGACAGUGAUCCGCGAAACGCCGGCCUUCGGGCUCUACUUCUUAGCGUACGACACUAUGACGCGGCACCUGGGCUGUGAGCCUGAGGACAGCUACAUGAUCCCCAAGCUGCUAUUCGCUGGCGGCAUGUCGGGCAUCUUCUCCUGGCUCUCCACCUACCCUGUGGACGUCAUCAAGUCCCGGCUGCAGGCCGACGGCGUGGGUGGUGUGCACCGCUACAGCGGGAUCGCGGACUGUGUGCGCCAGAGCUGGGCGCGGGAGGGCUGGAGGGCGUUCACACGGGGCCUCACCUCCACCCUGCUUCGCGCCUUCCCAGUCAACGCUGCCACUUUUGCCACUGUGACUCUGUUUCUCAUGUACAUGCGUGACGAUGGGGGCGCCAACUGUGAGGUGCCGCCCCAGGCCCUUCAACAACAGCAGGUUCAGCCCACCAGCCUGUGAGACUAUGUGUGAGUGUGUGUGCGCGCGUGCUCUAGAGCACCCUCUAGAGUGCGUUACAGUCCUUGAGUGAUGGUGGACAGAUGGGGGACCUUAGAGAGGUUACAUGGAUGUUUUUAUGUCUGCAGGUGAAGUCUGCAUGUAAAUACAAAAGUGUCCCUUUUUUUCUUUUAUUUCAGAAUUACUUUUUUUAUUAUUAUGUCCUCCCCAAUUCAAUCAUUAAGUUCAGCCUGUCAUUUGUUUUCUUUUAUAAUGGUUGAGUUACAGUAUUAUGUGGGUUGUCAACAAGAUCAACAGAAUGUUUUGAAGUCACUUUAAAUCACAGGAAAGAGAAAGGGAAGUAAUAAGAGGAGCACCACUGGGCUUUAGUGAGUAAAGUACAUAUUGGACAUGUAUGUAGUCAACAGGUAGGCUGAGGCGCUGGCCUUGGUUCAUGUGAAAGUGGAUUAUUGAAAUGAAUGAUGGAAAAUGUUUUAACAUGUGUUAAUCUGUGAACAUUUUUAGAAUAUUUAGUAAACACUUCUUUUAAGGAUUUCUUAUGAGUUACUAGAUGUGUGAUUUGGAUAUUUCCAAAUGUCAGAUAUAUAACUGUUGCAUGUUUUUUGUUUUAUGAGAAGAACAUUUAUUUUCAUAGAGUAACAUUUAAACUCUUUAGUAUGUGCACGUAGGUGCCUUUCCUCCACACAUGAGAACACAACUAAAGCUUUCCUAUUUUCUUGUUUACUAUGGAAUCCUAAGGAUUUUAAGUAAUUUUCUGGACUUAACCCUGAUAGCCCAGAAGUUCCCUCUCUGUUUUUUCUUUCUUUCUAAUUCAAUUCCCCCCCACUGGAAUUUGCUGUCACAUUCCACAGUUGGGUGUGGUCUGCUGUUUGAAGUCAACAACUGCACUUUUUUCUAUGAUUUUUGACUUUCAGAUGUGUCAAUCACUGUAGUGCAAUUACUGGAAAUCACAAGGGAGCACUUGAUGUCAAUCAUUUAAGUUAUUGUGCGUCAAAAUACAUAGUGUUUUGGUAAGCGUGGAUAAUUUAGAGAUUGAACGUUUGACGAAAUUAGCCCAGUGUGAUGAACUGCAUUACUGACUAGAAUGGCAAAGUACUGCAGACUCUUACAAGAUUAUUCAAAGAUCUGUUACCAUAGAAACUGAGGUCAAACUGAUUAGUUACUGUAAAUACAAUUGUAUUCACGUCAUCAUGCUCAGAACAUUCUGCAUUUGUUUUAUGAAAAUAAUCUUAAAACAAUCAAUUCAGCACCUUAAACCAACAACACUUCCAUCUGACAGUCAAAUGCUGCUCACACGAUUGUGUAAACAAUAGUACAUUUCUUUUGUAUUUGAACAUUUUGGUUGUUCCACAUUAAUUUAUUGUGAUGCGGUCAUAAUUGACAUGAAAAAUUCUUGAUGACAGAAGAUUGUUCGUAUAAAACGGUUAUUUAUAUAGCACUACUUGGUUUUGUAUGUGUUACAUCAAGGUCAGGGGUAAGACUGUGUAAAGGAACAUUUGCAAGGAAGGCCAAAUCCGCAAGCAACUAUAUAUUCUUUUUAAUCUUUAUUCUUUUUUUCUGCCUUAGAGGCCUGAACAUUGAUACAUUAGUAGUCCACUUGUAUCAUACCAAUCUGUUGUAAAACAAAGGCUGAAUAAAGCAUAUUAAAAAUGUA